AGUGACCUGCCAGACCUACAACACAAGCUUUUCUUUUUCAAUACUCUACAAUACAAACCAAAAGAGAGCCCGUCAUUUUGUCGUUAUCUGCCAUUAAAACGCCACUUUGAGCUGAUCGACGCAACCACAGGACGUCGCGGUAACGAUUACUCUCCGCAUGCCUCGCAUACUCCUCGCUGCGCUCAUCGCUGCGGUGGCGCUGCUGUUCAUCGCAGCAGCGCAGCCAGCCUUCGCGGAGGUCACCCCUGCGCAGCAGUCCUCUACCCGCGCGUUUCUGCGUGAGUUCGCCCGCGAGAUCCCGUACCUGCAGAAUCGCUGGGUCGGCACCGACUACUGCGGCUGGGAGGGCAUCACCUGCGACGCCAGCGGCAAUGUGGCCAUCGACCUGGCCGGCAAGGACCUCGUCGGCGACAUGCCGGAGCUGGACAGCGACGUCGACGGGUGGCAGGUGAUGGUGAUGUCCAUCGACAUGUCCAACAACCCGCGCUGGAGCGACGAGUUCGAGGAGGACUGGGCCGGCCUGCACAACCUGCGGUUCCUCAACCUCAGCUACACCGCGCUGCACGACGCCAUCCCGGACUCGUGGAACGGCAUGCGGGCGCUGGAGGAGGUGCACAUCAGCCACACGAGCGCGUGCAAGAGCCUGCCGGAGUGGACCCUCACCACGCUGCACACCAUCGACCUCUCUCACAACAACCUCCAGGGCGCCCUCUCCGCCGCCUGGUCGCAGAUGACGGGUCUGACGUCCGUGGACAUCACCGGCAACGGCUUCUGCGGCUGCGUGCCGAGCACGUGGACGUCGGCGCUGCUUUCGGACGCUGCGGCUGCUGCGGGCGGCGCGGUGCGGUCAGCGACGUGCGCCACCGACAACGCCUGCACCUACGCCAAGCUGUGGUGCGUCAACGCGCCGAUCACCACCGCCACGCCGACGCGUCCGCCGGGCCCCACGACGACGACGACGACGCCCAACCCGAGCUUCACCAGCGCCGCCACGCUCGCGUUUCUGCGUGAGUUCGCCCGCGAGAUCCCGUACCUGCAGAAUCGCUGGGUCGGCACCGACUACUGCGGCUGGGAGGGCAUCACCUGCGACGCCAGCGGCUACGUCAGCGUUGACCUGGCCGGCAAGGACCUCACCGGCGACAUGCCGGAGCUGCGCAGCGACGUCGACGGCUCGCAGGUGAUGGUGGUGUCCAUCGACAUGUCCAACAACCCGCGCUGGAGCGACGAGUUCGAGGAGGACUGGGCUGGGCUAAAGGUCUUGCAGCACCUCGACCUCAGCCGCACAGGUCUGUAUGGCGCGAUCCCGGACGCGUGGAACGGUAUGGUUUCGCUGCAGACGGUGAAGAUCAGCAACACCUACGCGUGCCUUGGUCUGCCCAACUGGAACAUCGCCUCGCUGCGCACCAUCGAUCUCUCCAAUAACAAACUGACUGGGAAUCUUGUCUCCUCGUGGGGCCGCAUGACGGGUCUAACCUCCGUGGACAUCUCCGGCAACAACUUCUGCGGCUGUCUACCGCACGAGUGGACCUCGGCGCUGCUGGUGAACGCCGCUACGGCAGCCAACCGCGAACUCACCUCCGCGACCUGCUACAGCACCCGCUUCUGCACGCCGGACGAUUACGUGUGCGACACCACCACACCAACAACGGUCCCCGAUGUUGUCUGCAGCGUGCAGCACUGCCUCUCGUGCUACCCGGGCUUCCCCAACUUGUGCCAGGAGUGCAGCAGCGGCUACAACGUCAGGGCCGACGGGAGCUGCAUGCCCUCCGGCGAGUGUGCGGUGGAGCACUGCGUGCAGUGCGCCCUCGCCAGCUCCACCCGCUGCAUCCAGUGUGACGAGGGCUACGUGACAACGCGCACUGGCACGUGCCAGCGUGCCCGCAACGGCGCCGCUGCCCCGGCUUCCGUGCUGGUCGCUGUCGCUGCGGUGGUGGUCGCCCUGGCGGCUGCCGCGUACGGCGCGUGA